GAACCGACUAGCGAACGACCAUGGCGGACUUCAUCCAAGCAUUGGAUCCUUCGAAACUCGCCAUCGUGGGCACCGCCAUGUCCUUUGUGACGAGCGCAUUCGUCGCCCCAGUGUAUAACCUCCCGAUCUUUCUCUUUGGCGUCCUCUCGCAGGAAAGCUCUGAGGCAAUCCAGUCCUUGCGAGCUUUCACCUUCCUUCUCGGGGGCUCAAUACUCUACGACAUCAUCUGGAUGUCAAACAACUCACAGCACUGGUUCGUGAGGCUACUAACAGUCCUUCUCCUGAUUCUGAAGCUCCCCACCAUAUUCGCUUUCGCGACCGCUUUGCGCCAACGCGGGGGCUCGUUCUCCGGUCUGAACAUCCGCGGGAACGACCUCUCUGGCGCUACCGGUGAGUAAUACAGACACGAAUUUGCCUCGGCAUGCAUAACCCUGCUACCAGUAUGGUCCAUGCCUGGAGGCUUCACCUCUGGAUUCGGAGGCGGACGCGAUGGGUAUCAAAACGUCGAUGAUUCCCCAGCACCCAAACCUUCCCUCAGCGUCCCUCCUCAGCCCACGUCGCAACCUGCGCAAUCACAGACUGCACCCGGAGCGUACCAGGCGGUUUGAACUCUACUAUAACCAUAUCCCAAACUCUCAUCUCAUCGUGAAAUUGUUAU